AGACCCUAAGGAAUGCCCCGUCCGUCUCCCUGCCCCAGGGAUGAGUCCGCCGUCAGGAGAUCGGGCCGAACGUGUCUACGGAAGUGUAACGGUGACCGGGACUGUCUGAGCAAGAGGAAGGUGUGCCUCUGUGAUGGCAUGUGUGGCCUCUCCUGUGUCAACCCAGACAAGGAGUGCCCUGACCUCGAUAACCCGCUGUUCGGCUUCGUGGAGUUUAAUGGGAAGCGUGUGGGUGCUCAGGCCAGGUACAAGUGUCAACAGCAGGGUUAUCAUCUGAUUGGUGACGAGACCCGACAGUGCCAGGGAGAUGGCACCUGGUCUUCCGCCCCUCCAGAGUGCCGCGAGAACUUAUACUGCACCACGCCCCCAGUCAUAGCUCACGCCAGGCAUGACGGUGUGGAGGCAAGGACGAGGUUUGAGGUUAACCACACCCUCAAGUACCGCUGUUAUGAAGGGUACACCACCACGGGCUUCGACGUGGCCAAGUGCUUCCUCUACAACAACACGAUGCAGUGGUUUGGCCCCGAGAUUGAGUGCGUGCCCAAGGAGUGUGGGGAUCCUGGCGAGAUUCUCAACGGGUUCAAGGAGGGGUCAUGUUACUCUUUCUCCUGCCGCGUCACCUACCACUGCCGGCCGGGGUUUAGCAUGGAAGGGCGCAGCAAGUAUUAUUGUCAGCACGACGGUACCUGGAACCCACGCGACCUGCCUACCUGUAAACCCAUCCAGUGCUCGAUGCCCGACAACCCAGAGAACGGACAGGCCAAGUUUAACUCCGUCUUCUACAACGCCGUGGUUUCCUACGACUGUAACUACGGCUACAUGAUCGUCGGCCCCUCCACCCGCCGCUGUGGUCCAGACACGAGGUGGAGUGGUAGUAUGCCUCGCUGUAAAGAGAUCGACUGUGGCUUCCCCGGCGACCUGUACAACGGCUGGCUGGAAGGCUCGAGGACAAACUUCGGCGCCGUGUAUAAGUUCCGGUGCAAUGAUAACAUGAAGUAUGAAGGUUACCACGACCACCGCACCGAGUGUCAGAAGAACGGCACCUGGUCACACCCUCUACCGAAGUGUCUUGCUCCCUGCAUCGUGCCCACCAUCGAGAACGGUAACCUAACCAACGGGACCAAGCCAGGCUCCCAGGUACCUCACGGCAGCGUCAUCCGGGUGAGGUGUUCCAAGUCUUACGAGCCGACCUUCAAGACCGUUCCUUCUACCUGUUACAAUGGCACCUGGACCCAUUACCCUCACUGUCAGCCAGCGCGGUGUAAGAAGCUACCUGUGAGACCCCGUCACGGCAUGGUUAUAGCACCUAGGACUGGCCACGGUAUGAGGGCCAAGUAUAGGUGUAAGGACGGCUACGAGCUGAUGGGACCACAGACCACGAAAUGCCACUUUGGUAACUGGACGGGACGAACGCCUUGGUGUAGGGUGGUUUAUUGCCCAUUUCCCGGGUAUCUGGUAGACGGAAGGGUACUGCUCGUGGGCAAUAUGGGCAUGUAUAUCUACCGUCCUUAUGUGAGGAAGGUACGGAAUGACCGGCGGAUAAGAUAUGAAUGUAACCGGGGAUACUUCUUGUCUGAGGGGCCGCCGGGGGCUACCUGUGUCGCCGGCAAGUGGAGCCCUAAGAACCUGCCUAAGUGCUCUCCAGAACUCCACCCUCGUGUACAGUGGAUGAUCAAGAGGUCAGUCAAUAUGUCCGACUACCUGGAGUAUCUCAAUGCCACACAGGAGGGGGAGACGACGAAGGAGUUGACUGAUAGAGCGUUUGAUGGUCGUGAUGGUGGUGUUGCAGGACUGUCCACUCUCGCUGGUUCUCUCGUAGGGUCUCUGGCCUCUUGGCUAACGGGCCAGAAUCCUGAAGCAGACCACAUCGAAGGCCCAAUAACCAUCGCUAAUAAUACCAAUGAAUCAGUAUCGGAUUCGUUAAUAAUACCUGUGCAGCAUAACAACAACACGAAGGAGGAGACGACGGUGUUUUCUCCGCUAAAAGAUACAGAGAAGAGUACACGUUUAGAGACCUGGGCCAAGUAUGAGGAGGAGGGAAGAGAAUGGGCCAGGGAGAACAGUUUAUUCGGCCGGAGGAGCUUGUCGGGGUCGGGGUCUCAGGUGGACGGCGGUAGUGCGUUGUUGGCAAGAGUGUUGAGAAAUACCAAAAGAGAAACGAAAAGCGACGAUCACAAAAGAAGAAAUAAAUCGAAAAAGAAGGGUAAAAAAGCACCACACUGCGAGGAGCUGGGCGGGGAGCCGUACCUGAGGGUGGAGGUGGUACGGGCGGGACGGGACACCAACUACACCUUCUCGGCGGGGGCGAGGGUGAGAGUCACCUGCCUCUACGGCCACGGACUCAACAUAGGCAACAAGACGGCCAAGUGUUCCCGAGGCAGGUGGAAGCCCAUGAAGCCUGAGUGUAUCUCCCUGCCAUGCUCAGUGCCAGAGGCUCUUAACGGCCAGUAUACGUUCAACGGAGGUGAGGUGCCAGAGAGAGCCACCAUCGGGCACGCUGAGGUGGUCAAGUUCUCGUGUCACUCAGGCUACACCGUGCUGGGCUCCGACACCCUCAGGUGCUGGUAUGGUGAGUGGACGGUCACUGGCACCAGCCCUCAGUGCCAGCCAGAGCCGUGUACACUGCCGAAGGUGAUACACGGGCAGUACGCGGGAGACGAGGAGGAAGGCUCGAAAGUCGUACACGGGAGUAAGGUGGAGUACUCGUGUGAGGAAGGUUGGCUGGUGAACGUGGAGGAAGUGAGGUGUGAGUUGGGUCACCUACAGCCCAGCCCACCUACCUGUGUCACUCCAGCACAGGCCACACACGCCGCCUCACACAACCUGCCUCCUCCUCUCAAACGGACGCCUACUGUGUUAUCGUACGGGAAAGGUGACCUGACCCCUGGUGGUGACAUCACAGGCAUUGACCUCAUCCCAAACCUCCAUAACUCGUGUAGUCCUCCAGCCAGAGUCCGAGGCACCAUCAUCUACAAGAACGGUCAGCCGCUACACAGGAACGAACGCAGGUUCCCAGACGGCACCGUGGUGACCUUCAACUGUAUCACCAACACCAUCGGGGAGAAGACCACUUGGAAGAUCCGCUGUGAGGAAGGGUCGUGGGUGGGUCAGAAGGCGCCCUCACCCUGCGGCCUGGAGGAGGAGCAGGAGGAUGACGAUGACAACACCGAGGACCUCUCAGUAGGCAACAACUCCUGCACCUGGAGGAAUAAUCACCCGAACCUCGUCACCUUCCACAACGACAAGCAGGUCAAGGAUGAUGUGGCGGAGUUCCCCCCUGGCACCGAGCUGGUGUCGCGGUGUGUGGACAUAGGCAAGUACGGCAUGGCGGGGUCCUCUCAUCGUCGCUGUCUGAACGGGUACUGGACCAGCGGCUCCCCAGUUUGCUUUGGCCUCAACCGGGAGUAUGACUAUGCCUUGGACCGCCCACCCACUAUCUUAUUCCGUCACAAGAACGGCCCCAUCGCCCAGACCAAUGACGGCCGCCUGCUGGUCUACCCUGGCACUGAGCUCUACCUGGAGUGCCUAUGGAUGAGACGAUAUGGCACUCCACGCUGGAAUGUUUCACACUCACACGCCCCUGUAGUAGAGGAGACCGCGCAGAGUAAAGUAACCAAGAAGCCAACAGAAGUUCUCGGCAAGGUUGGCGGCAGUGGCCCGGCAGUGGUGGGUGUUGGGAAGUACUGGACGGGGUGGACAACAGAUGCCCUGAGGAACCCCCAGUUAGAGUUCCGCCUGGCCCUCUACACCACACACCACGGGGACUCCGGGGACUACACCUGCGUCACUCCCACUGGUCACUCCCACACUGUUACUCUCGAUAUAAGACGGGUGGACUGUCCGCCACUUAAUAUCAGCACUGGACAACCCGGCCCAGGUCCAGCCCCCCCGAACCACCACCCUGAGGGAGACACCGCCCUCGGCACAGUGGUCACCUUCUCGUGUGGCCGAGGAACAGCCCUGAUAGGGGAGCGUCAGGCCAAGUGUCUCCCCUCAGGCAACUGGUCAGGUCCUGUACCAAGCUGUGAAAAGGUGCGGUGCAGCAGCCCUGGAGCGCCUGAGCACGGGGAAGUGACCCGCACUGGACCCUUCGCUGCUGGGGAUGUGGUGGAGAUCAAGUGCCACUCCAGCUUCAUGUUGGUGGGCCAGCCACUCCUCGUAUGCCAGGAUGAUGGUACCUGGUCCUCAGAAGUCCCCAAGUGCUCCCAGGCAUGCACGUAUCCUGGCAUCAUCAUCUCGGGCACCAUGAGCUCCGUCAAGUUCUACUACCCCAUCGAGGACAGCAUCACCUAUAACUGUAGCUCCCAGUUUGUGCUCCACGGCGAGAAGACCAUCACUUGUCUGGAGGGUGGCAGGUGGUCUGCUCCUGUGCCAUCCUGUUUACCGCGGCCCUGAUUGAUAGACCUUCCUUCCUGCUCUACCGCCUCUCACGGCCCUGACCAAAGAUAGAUAGAUAUACAUAGUGCAUUGUGAACCUCCAUCACUAGUAUAAAUACAUAUACUUGGCUUGUGCAAAAGGCUGAAUAUUGUUUGUUUGCAUGAUGGAUGAAAAAGAACCACAUUUAUUACUGGCCCUAGAAAAUAGUAACUAACACUAUGGUGUAUAUUUUAGACUUACCGACAACGUAAGAGUUAAGAGGCAGCCACAUUUUCGACAUGAACCAUAUUUAAUGUUUCCCGAACAUUCACCUGAGAUUUGAGUAUGUGAAGUUUGAUAAUACUGUUGGCGAUAUGAGAUUAUAUUUAGAAUAAGAAUGAACUAUAGAAGAUACACUUGGAAAUAAGUUUGUGUUGUGGGGUCAAGGUGUGGGUGAGGAGCUGGUGCGGUGUAAGACAUGGCCAUAGGUAUUAUGUGACGUAUUCAGUACUAUUUGCAACAUAUUUCUUACUCUCUUAUUAACUAUUUUGUUCUCAGAUACCGUAUGUUAUGUUAUUGAUCCAAAAAUAACGCAAUUACUAUAUAUAAACUUAAAAAAAGGGAUAUUCCCGUCAAAAUAUUUACCAGUAGGUGAUUAGCGAAGUCCCGGCUGUAACUCAUAAUAGAGAACGUGUGUUAAAAUGAUCUUCCUGGACUUAUCUAUCCGCUACACCUUUAAGUUUCUAUAUGUGUGAGACGUCAUAUGAAAAUAUUGAUGUGAACUAAAAACAUUAACUUUUUAUUUAAUUUUAUAGUUUUUUUCCAUUACUGACUAUAUCUAAUAUUUCUUGACAUGACUGCCACGUAUUACUGUUAGUUAAAUAUUGAAACUAGCUUAUGAUAAAGGGAAACUUUCAACUGAAACACGAUUUAAUAUUAUUAGAAAGAAAAGAAAAAAAGAUUGGCCACUUGACAUAUGAAAUCGAACACUAAAUCAUAAGAUAGGUAUUUGGUGGUGACGUAUUGGCAGCAAAUCAAUGGUCGCACCAAGAGAAUUCAUAACCAUUAAUCACUAUAACCAAGAGGAUCUAGUGCCAUUAUCCACCAUUCUUAAGAGGCUCUAGUGCCAUUAUCCACCAUACCUAAGAGGAUCUAGAAAGGUACCAUUUAUCGCCACAAUGUUCUGUUGGAAGUAUAAACUGGUAGAUCUGUUUAUAUUAUUAUUAAAUUACGUGAAGGUGACAAAUAAGAAGGUACAAUACUACCCUAUUCAUUGAUAGAUAUAAAUAUUAGUAAAAUGGGUGAAUGAUAACUCUUAGAAUAUAAGAUUUGUUCUCCAGGUUGUAUUAGAAGCUAGAAUGGACGGUCUACUAUACAGAGUUGGUUCACACAUCUGUUGUACAGUAUACUCUUAGCCUAGUUAUAUAUAUAUAUAUAUAUAUAUAUAUAUAUAUAUAUAUAUAUAUAUAUAUAUAUAUAUAUAUAUAUAUAUAUAUAUAUAUAUAUAUAUAUACACAUACAUACUGCGAUGACAAUUUUCUUCAGUAUGCGAGACUUACAUCAUGAUAUAUGCUUGUGUUUUUAUUCAGUCUGCUGUAGCUAUAGAUAGAGUGUGUACUGUACAUACCAAAUGAGCAUUAGCCUUAUCACUACAAUACUGGGCCCAGGUUCUCAUUGAUUCCUACGUUAAGUCUUCGCCCCUAAGUGAUUAUGUGAGACUGUAUCUUAAGUGGCUCAAUCUACGAGUAACUUCGACACGAAGAUGGAGGCCCAGGGGCCGGAUACUCAAAAGUAUUUACAUUAUUGUAUUUCCCAGUUAACUCUGUAAGUCGAUCCUUGAGGUUGUCAGGACCUUUGGAGCUCCUGUAACGGGAUAAACCCCGACAUAGUGUGUGUAUUUCCAGAUUGUAUAAAGAGUAUAUGCC